AAAACGCCUCGUAACUCUAAUUGUCGUGAGUGCUUAGAGGAAUGCACCCUCUAUUCAUCCAAGAUGUGUUGCAAGGUUUUGACAAUUUCGUACUGUCUUUUUUUAAAAUAAUAUUUUCCUAUUAAAAUUAUCUAAUCAAGAACAUAUAAAGAAAUGGAUAUACUAAAUAUUAAAGAAGAAAUGGAUACUUACGAGGAUUUUCCAUCCAUUGUCGAUGUUGGGUCGAUUGGGGAAGUAUCUACAGUAACAAUUCAAAAUGUAAUUGGAAAAGUGGAUGGAAUUCACCCAAUAAAACAUGAAAUAAAAGAUGAAUUAGAUACAGUGGAAAUAUUUAAUAACCAUGUGGAUAUAGGUAACAAUAGAAAAAGGAACAUUUCUAGUACACACAACAUUAGAAAUCAAAAGGACUACUUAAAAAUUGACAGUGGAAACAGAAGUAAAUCCAAAGAGGUUAUAAAGAAAGAAAUGGAUAUCCAAAACGUUAAGGAGGAAAUAAAUACUUAUGAGGAUUUUCCAUCUAUUAUCGAUGUUGGGAAAGAAUUUUUGGAUGAAGUAUCUACACUAACAAAUGAACAUCUAAUUGGAAAAAUGGAUGGAAUUCAAAUAAAACAUGAGAUAAAUGAUGAAUUAGAUACAGAGGAAAUAUUUAAUAACCAUGUGGAUACAGGUAGCAACAGAAAAACGAACAUAUCUAAUACACACGACAUCAUUAGAAACCAACUGAAAUAUUUAAAAGAAGACGUUAGAAAGAAGACUAAAUCGAAAGUUGCAGGACUGCUAAGAAAAUGGAAAUAUAUCCAACCAAAAGCUAUGGGAUUAAUGAUAUGUGUAUAUUGUGGGAAUUUAUACACGAAACAAGUGGAAUUCUUAUGUCACUUUUCCACAAGCCAUUGUGUAAAACAAAAUAGGAAUAAAUUUCACCAUCAAAAUUACAUUUUGAGAAAGAUUAAUGUGAAAGAUGAAAUAGAAGUAGUUGAACAUAAAUUUAAAGAAGAGUUGCAGGAAACCAUAAAUCAGUUGGAUGUUGCUCAUUCAAACCCUUGUGUAGGUGAGGGUUCAAAAUCAUAUGUAGACGAGAAAAGUGAUUCAAAUAUACAGUUGGAUACUCACACAGGAUCAAAUCCAAUUUAUUGUGUUAUUUGUUUAAGAACUUUUACACGUAGAAGUAGUUUAAGCAGCCAUUUUCGUAUUCAUGCCAGAGAAAAACGAUUCAAAUGUGAUUCUAUGGAAACUGUUGAUAAUAUUAAUUUAAAUAACUAUUUUCCUGUUUAUACAAGAGAAAAACCAUUCAAAUGUGAUAUUUGUUUCAAACUGUUUCCAUAUAAAAGUAAUUUGAAUGUACACAUGCGUAGUCAUACAGGAGAAAAGCCAUACAAAUGUGAUGUUUGUUUGAAAACUUUUUUACAGAAAAGUUGUUUGAAUAAUCAUUUGCGUAUUCACACAGGAGAAAAACCAUUCAAGUGUGAUAUUUGUUCAAAAUCUUUUACCCAAAAAAUUAAUUUAGUUGCACAUUUACGUAUUCACAUGGGAGAAAAGCCACUCAAAUGUGGCAUUUGUAAGAAAUCCUUCAUACACAAAUUUAGUUUGAACAAACAUUUACGUAUUCACACAAGAGUAAAACUACUCAGACGUAAUUACUUGCAAAUUUCUACUUCACACCAUCACACAGGAGAGAAACCAUUCAAAUGUCAUAUUUGUAUGAAAUCUUUUCCAUAUCAAAUUAGUUUAAAUAAAAAUUUGUCUGUGCAUACUGGAGAAAAACCGUUUAAAUGUGACAUUUGUUCAAAAACUUUUUCACAGAACACAAGCUUGAUUAGACACUCACGUAUUCAUACUGGGGAAAAGCCAUUCAAAUGUGAUGUUUGUUUUAAACUGUUCUCGUAUAAAUAUUGUUUAAUUACACAUUUACGUAUACACACAGGGGAAAAGCCUUUCAAAUGUCACCUCUGUAUGGAAUCCUUUACACAGAGAAGUAGUUUAAAUAUACAUUCACAAAGUCACAAUGGAGAAAAACCAUUCCAGUGUAACAUUUGUUUGAAAUCUUUUCCUCAUAAAAUCAGUUUAAACAAUCAUUUACCUGUACAUACAGGAGAAAAGCUAUUUAAAUGUGAAAUUUGUUCUAAACAAUUUUCACAUAAAAGUAAUUUGAAUGCACACAUUCGAAUUCAUACAGGAGAAAAGCCAUUCAAAUGUGACAUUUGUUCGAAACCGUUUACCCAUAAAAGUAAUUUAAAUAUACAUAUGCGUAGGCACACAGGGGAAAAACCAUUCAAAUGUGAUGUUUGUUUGAAAACUUUUUCGCAGAACUCUAGUUUAAUGGCACAUUCACGUAUUCACACAGGAGAAAAGCCAUUUAGAUGUGACUUAUGUUCAGAAACGUUCUUACAUAAAAAUCAGUUGACCACACAUCUACAGAAUCACGUUGGACACAAACCGUUCAAAUGUGACAUUUGUUUCAAACCAUUUUCACAAAAAAGUAAUUUGAAUACACAUAUGCGUAGCCAUACGGGCGAAAGACCAUUCAAAUGUGACGUUUGUUUGAAAACUUUUUCGCAGAACGCUAGUUUAAUCACACAUUUACGUAUCCACACAGGGGAAAAGCCAUUCAAAUGUCACUUUUGUUCGGAAACUUUCCUACAGAAAAUUCAGUUGACCACACAUGUACAUAAUCACUUUGGAGACAUGCCAUUCAAAUGUGAUAUUUGUGAAAAAAAGUUUUCGCGGAAAAACAAUUUGAACAGACAUUUGUUUAGUCACACGGGAGAAAAGCGAUUCAAAUGCGACAUUUGUUUGAAACCUUUCGCGCAAAAAAGUGGUUUGAAUACACAUUUACUCAGUCACACAGGUGAGAAGCCAUUCAGUUGUGGCAUUUGUCCAAAGUCUUUUGCACGAAAAAGUUGUUUAAAUAAACAUAUGUCCAAUCACACAUUGCAAGAGACAAUCAAAUCUGAUUGAAGUUAUUAACGAUAUCAAUUUAUAAACAGUAGUCCUUUCUUACAAAUUUUAUUACUUCGAAGAUAAAAACAUCCUACAAAAUGUAUGAAACAAGAUUAUGAAAGUGGACUGUCCUGGUUAGCACUCUUUAGUGUUCCCAACUCUCAAAAAUUUAUCUCUAAAACCCUACUCAAAUACCCUUUAAAACCCCCACAAUUACAAGGGAUUCCCCCUAAAAAAAAUUAUUAUUUAUAAAAUGUAUAAUUAAAUAUUUUUAAAUAAAUAAUUUUGUCUUCAGCAACAUCAUUUUUUACGAUCAACUUUUUUUGAUAUGGCCAUGAAACUAUAAUGUCCAAUAAUUUGGUUAGGUGUUUAGCACCGGAGCGCUACGGAACAAAAGAAUAGAAAAUUUAGAUGUUAAUAAAAAAUUUAUAAUAAUAAAUGUUGUUAUUGUGGAAAAGACAGAUGUCGAGUGAUUUUAUUUUUAACGAAACAAAGUGAAAAUUCUGUACAAUUAGAUGACUAAAACUAAUUAAUAAAAUUGACAUUGACAGUGAUGUCAAAACAGUUGUACCAAUAUAAACUGAUAUUAAACACACCCCCUUUAUUAAAACAAUUUUAGCCUUCAAAUGUUUUGUUGAUAAAUUAUCUUGAUUUUAGGUCUCUUUUGAUUAAAAUUUCGUUUAAAAUCAUAUAAUACUGACGUGUCGAUCUGUUGCGGCCCUUAUCAAAAUCUAACCUUGGAAUUUAAUCUAUAGAUCACCUACAUCAUUAAUAACAAAAUAAAAAUUUGUUUUUAUUCGUGUAUUUGAUUCAGUUUCAACAAUUUUUGAAUAUUUAUUAUUGAAAGUUUUUAAUAUUUUAAUGCAGUUUUAUUUCUUUAUCGUUUUGAUGACCUUUUAGUCUAUUAUAAAUAAUUUCAUAAAAUGGACUCUUAACGAUUACUGGCUAUUGUAUGUUCUCUUAGACAAUUUUUUAAAGCGUUUCCCUUAACAGCAAUCUUUACUAUUCGUGAAGUACGUACAGUAUUAAAGGGACGAAUUUAGGAACAUUUUCUAUCGGUUUAUAGUCAGAUUAAAGCUGCUCCCUCAUUAGCAAGUACAGUUUCUGUACCGGCAGCAUACCGACGCUAUGUUAUCAAAUAGAGACAUUCGGAUUGGUCGGUAGGAUUCGUCUGCUCUCGGUAUGCAAGAUCAGUCAAGGUUCUGCAUCAACUAAGUGAAUAGCUGCGGAAUAUGUUUUCUCAUUUGUUGUAUGAAAUAAUGUCUAGAGUCGGAAAUGUUAAAAUUGGUGCUAAAGAUUGAAAACCGCCCGUGUCCGACAUUAUCUGAAUAUUCACGUAAUGACCUUAUUGAGAAAGCUUGGGUGUAAAGGUCAUUCUGUACAUAAAGUCAAAAUAUUUAUCAUCUUGAGAUAAUUCCUUGGAUGUCACGGUUAAACUGUUUUCAAUGUAAGGAUGUGAUAAUAAACAAACAUCGUUACAACUUCAUCUUCGCUGCUGCAGGACAUUUUGUUUUCAAGGUCAAAGCAGUACUAAACAUUUUAUUCAAUUUCAUAGAGCAGCCUAAGAAUGAAGAGGCUUUCAAAGCAGUUUAUGUUUUGUAUAUAGCUGAACAUCUAAAUGCAACUAGGAAUUUUGAACCCCUAGUUACUUCACUUUAUAUAGAAUGUCUUUCGAGGGCUGUAAAUUGCUGCUACGAUGAGAGAAGUAUAUGUUUCCGAGUUUAAUUGUUACUACUUGAAUUUUAUCUGUGAUAUAAUCCUCUAAGGGUUCAAUAAAUUGGGAAAACAAAUACGUUCUCUAGCUGCUUCAGCCAGUACUAUAUAUUCAGCUUCCGCUUAUUGUUUCUCGGUAUUUCAACACAAAAUUCCUCUAAACCCUUCAAAUAAAAAUCCUGCGGUAGAUUUCCUGCGGUGUCUAACUAACAAGAGUAGCAAACGCCAAGUGUCCGGCACACCUACAUCUGUUUCGGUCAUACAGUUAAAAAAAACUGGAUCUUGCAUGCCCCAUAAGGCUACAUUAGGAACUAUUUUAGUUUGAAUACCAAACCGCAAUAUUAAAAACUUGUGCAGAAUAAGGUUGUAUGUUUGAUUCACUCUUGUUAGUUUAGUUGCAUCAGUUUACAUUUCAUCAUAUUAUUAUAACACCAACGAUUGUGAAACCGUGGCGAAUAAAAACGGUGCCAAUGCUUCGUGUCAGUUCUGAUGCUUUAACCCCGAUCAGCUAACUGACCCUAAGCAAAUUGGCCUAAGUAGCUCUUUCUUAAAUAAUAUAUAUUUGAAUUUGGUUGUUCGUUUGUAACUUUGAUUGUAUAUAAUAAAUGUUUGAAAUUAGAUAAGUCUGAACUAUUUUAUUAUCCAAAGUUUUAAAAAAGCCAACCAACUUGAUUUGUCUUAGACGCAUUAACGCUCCGGGUUGUCACGCGCGGUCAAGUUCGGUUUUAUUCUCUCUUUAGAACUUGAAACAAACCAAGGUCCCUUGGCCGAAUUUCCUAUCGGUUUAUUCUGAUCAUCAAUAUUUUAAUAUCAGUUGCUUUAUCGAAAUUAAUUUCAACAAAUUCGAUAGUUCUUCAGGAAACACUUGACACAUAUUCCGGUCGAUUGAGACAUAAAAAUAGUGGUCAAAUAACAAAAAUUCCCAAAUAUUGGUGGUUGGUUUACCAUUAAAAAUAAAGUUUUAAAAAUCCCCAUCGAUCCUAUGUGUGUGUUUCCCGUCUCAUGGAAAUAAUGAAUUUUGACUUUGUUUAAUAACUUUUUUUAUUUUGUAAGUCUGUUCCAAACGCUUUUUAUGUUUUUAUCAUUUGUUGCAAACUUAGAAUCUGGGGUUAAAUUGAUCAAACCAGUCGUUGAAUAAUUGUACACAAUCAGCUGCUUUCUUCCAAUUACUAUUAUGAGGCAUGUGUAAUGAAAUAUUACACGGAUAAGGAAAGAAACAAUUUUUAUGCAAUUCAGACCACAAAGCAAUAUUUCCAAAACCCAAAUCACUGGAAAUUGCCACUACUGUGAUAUUGGUCAUAAAUAAUUCGGAUAUUAUUUCCUCUAGAAUGUGUUUGGUCAUCGGCUGGUCUAAGUGGUAGUAGACCAGCUGUUUCCACUUGGAAAAUAUACCAUGUGCUGUCCUAUUAUCUAUCUACGUUUUUUUGUCAAUAUCAAUUUUAUUCGAAUUUUGUCUACAGUAUGA